GGUGGCGGUUUCUAUGGGUUUCGGAGCGGGACCGUUGAAAUUAUGAAAACAGCGACCACCAAACAUUUUGGGUUGUUUACAUUUACAUUUUAGUUCGCGAAUAGAAGUGGUAAAUGCUAAACCCCAUUGAAUUGAUGGAUAUGACAAAAAAAUGAAUAAUUUGUACGGAAUUAGCCAGCUAGAUAGGAAGCUACCUGUUGGACAGUGAACUUUAACCAACAGUAGCUUGCUAACUAUGUUACGUACUAUAGCACUGUAGCUAACAGUUAGUGCAACCACAGAUAAGGAGCUAGUUACCAGUAUAUAUGGUGCAACAGUCGACGUUAGCUAGCUAACUAUGUUAUGUACUAUAGCACUGUAGCUAACAGUUAGUGCAACCACAUAUAUAAGGAGUUAGUUACCAGUAUAUAUGGUGCAACAGUCGACGUUAGCUAGCUAACUAUGUUAUGUACUAUAGCACUGUAGCUAACAGUUAGUGCAACCACAGAUAAGGAGUUAGUUACCAGUAUAUAUGGUGCAACAGUCGACGUUAGCUAGCUAACUAUGUUAUGUACUAUAGCACUGUAGCUAACAGUUAGUGCAACCACAGAUAAGGAGCUAGUUACCAGUAUAUAUGGUGCAACAGUCGACGUUAGCUAGCUAACUAUGUUAUGUACUAUAGCACUGUAGCUAACAGUUAGUGCAACCACAUAUAUAAGGAGUUAGUUACCAGUAUAUAUGGUGCAACAGUCGACGUUAGCUAGCUAACUAUGUUAUGUACUAUAGCACUGUAGCUAACAGUUAGUGCAACCACAUAUAUAAGGAGCUAGUUACCAGUAUAUAUGGUGCAACAGUCGACGUUAGCUAGCUAACUAUGUUAUGUACUAUAGCACUGUAGCUAACAGUUAGUGCAACCACAGAUAAGGAGCUAGUUACCAGUAUAUAUGGUGCAACAGUCGACGUUAGCUAGCUAACUAUGUUAUGUACUAUAGCACUGUAGCUAACAGUUAGUGCAACCACAUAUAUAAGGAGUUAGUUACCAGUAUAUAUGGUGCAACAGUCGACGUUAGCUAGCUAACUAUGUUAUGUACUAUAGCACUGUAGCUAACAGUUAGUGCAACCACAUAUAUAAGGAGUUAGUUACCAGUAUAUAUGGUGCAACAGUCGACGUUAACUAGCUAGUCCAAUCAUGCAACUAGCUAGCUAACGUCAGCUAGGCUAACGCCUUGAUGUCCUUGAACUCUUUGAGUUCGCUAAUCCUUAAUCUUCGGUAAUACUAAAGUUGUAUGCUAGUAACGUUAGUUACCGGGCAAAAGCAGAUCCCUUACUUGCUUGACAAAAACCGAGGUACCUAUCUAGCAACAAGAUGCCUCCGAAGAAGCAGAAAAACCCGUCGGUGAACAUCUCCAGCUCGCUAGAGGAGUCGGAAGAAUUCAGUCUGGAGACCACGGUGCCCACCGAAGACAUCUCAUCGUCGGACGAACGAGACGGGACCGGGGCCCAGAAAGUCACUCGGCAGCUCAUCGAAAGGAAAGAGCUACUGCACAACAUUCAGCUGUUGAAAAUAGAGAUGUCGCAGAAAAACCUCAUCAUAGAUAACAUGAAAGUGGACCACUUGACUAAGAUGGAGGAGCUGGAGGAGAGGCUGAAUGAUGCCCUGCACCAGAAACAGAUCCUGGUCCUGAGACUGGACAGCCAGCUGCAACUCACCCAGGAUGAGAGCAGGAAGCAGCAGGCUCUGAGGAAGCAGGAAAUGGACGGGAUCCUACUGAGACAGAAGCAGCUUGAGGAGACCAACAGACAGCUGUGUGACAAGGCAGGAGACCUCCGACGCAGCCUCAGGGACCUGGAGCUCACUGAGGACAAAUACAAGGAGCUCCGAGAUAUCCCAGAGGAGAAACUAUCUAUCCCUGAAUACGUAGCGGUGUGUUUCUAUGAAGUGGUGAGUCCUCUCAAAGCCCAGCUCUCUGAGCUCCAUGUCAAGAGGACCAGCCUGACAGACGACCUGGACACACACAGGACUCAGAUCAAAGCCCUUAUGGAGAGUUAUGAGGAGGAGCGGAGGUUGAGGUCAGAGGUGGAGAUCAGGAGCCAGAGACUAACUCUUGAGCUGGCUGACACUAAACAGCUGAUCCGGGAGGGAGACUACAAACGGGACAACUACGCUAACGUCAAACGUGAGCGUGACGCGUUUGAGUGUGAGGUGAGAGAGUUGAGGAGGAGACUGGAGCUGUUGGAGAACGACCAUAACGUCCAGACCAGGGAGAGGAACGAACUGAGUGAAGAGGUGUCUACUCUGCAGCAGUCAGUGAGCCUCCUCCAGAAGGAUAAGGAGUAUCUUCACAGACAGAGCAUGGAGCUGAAUGUCCGCUGUGCCCACCAGGAGGACCGCUUAGAGAGGCUGCACACCCAGCUGGACGACACCCAGAGGGCCAGGGAGGAGGUCUACGACAAAUACGUAGCUUCCAGAGACCACUACAAGACAGAGUACGAGAAUAAACUUGCUGAGGAGCUGGAGAACAUUCGUCUGAAGACCAGCCAGGAGAUCGACAGCCUGCAGAGGACCUCCAAGGAGAUGUACGAGAGAGAGAACAGGAACCUUCGUGAGACGCGUGACAACGCAGUGCUGGAGAAGGACAGAGCGAUGACAGCAGAGAGAGACACACAGGCCAGAUACGACCAGCUACUAGAACA